UCUCCACAGUUCCUGAUUUCUCUUCAUAUGCUACAGUUUACAGCUUUCUCUUUACACCAAGCAGAAGCAGAGUAACAGAGUGUCGGUGCUGGAUGUGAACAUGAGACACACUGUGCUCUGUGUGCUGGGGUUUUUCUCACUCUACUGUGGACAUGCUCAAGAUGCUGUGUUGACCAUUGAACCAAACUGGUCCACUUUAUUUACCGGAGAGUCUGUUACCUUCAUAUGUGACAUGAGGGAAGGAGAAGACACCGACUGGUAUUACUCAAUCUGGAAGGAUGGUGGAGAAUUUAUCCGCUCCAAGAACUAUAUAUUACAACCACUAGUUAUAGGUUACAGUGGUGAAUACCAGUGCUUUGGUGAUCACAAAAUCUCGCCACCUUUUAGAAAAGAAAGUAAUAAAGUCUCUCUAACUGUAUCAGGAGAAUCAGUGACUCUGCGCUGUAGACAUUGUACUCAGACAGAGGAGAAGAAUGCUGUCUUCUACAAAGACGGAUCACCUAUUCAAAUAGACACGAACCAUCAGCCACUGAUAAUAUCAAAUAACACAGUUCAAGUAAAAUCAGAUGGGAGCUCUUACACGUGUAAAUUUGAGGACGAAGAAUCCGAACCAAUAAAACUGAAAAUGGAACCCCAACCAAAGGCCCAACUGAGCAAAGACAUUUCAGUAGAGGGUAGUGUGACCCUGACCUGCUCUGUGAUCACAGCAUCAUCAACAUCAUCUUCAUCAUCUUCAUCUGAUUGGAAAUACUUCUGGUACAGAGAAGAUAAAACCUCUGGACCUCUGACCUCACAAGAUGUUCUUCUCUCAAAUGAAACAAUCCGUGUCUCAGUAGGAGGAGUCUACAGGUGCAGAGGAGGAAGAGGAGAACCUGAUUACUACACAGACUACAGUGAUCCAGUUACUGUCAACAAAAAGAUUGCAGGCAGGGCUGUUGUGACUCUACAACCGAACUGGUCUGAAAUAUACAGAGGAGAGAAGAUCACUCUCAGAUGUGAGAUCCAGGAAGGUGGAGACACUGAGUGGACAUAUGGAUGGACAACAACCAGCUCAAACACAUUUCCAACAGACAAGGCAUAUACUAUUAUCAGUGCUACUGAGUCCCACAGUGGACAAUACCGUUGUUUGGGUAGAAGAGACACCUAUACCUCAACAGAGUGGAGUGAAGCCAUCACAUUGAAAGUCUUGUCAAACAAACCCCGGGCCGAACUGAGUGUUGACAACAGAGACAUUCCAGUAGGGGGCAGUGUGACCCUGACCUGCUCUGUGAACACAGCAUCAUCAUCAUCAUCAUCAUCAUCAUCAUCGUCUGGUUGGAAAUACUUCUGGUACAGAGAAGAGAAAACCUCUGAACCCGUGACCACACAAGAUGUUGUCUUCCUCACAAAUGGACAAAUCCGUGUCUCAGUAGGAGGAGUCUACUGGUGCAGAGGAGGAAGAGGACAGCCUGAUUACUACACAGAGUACAGUGAUCCAAUCGCUGUCAACAAAAAACUUGCAAACAAGGUUGUUGUGACUCUGCAACCAAACUGGUCUGAAAUAUACAAAGGAGAGAAGAUCACUCUCAGAUGUGAGAUCACAGAUGAAGGAGACUCUGAGUGGGAGUAUGAAUGGAGAACAACCAGCUCUAUAAAACCUUCAAAUCAAAAUGAACACCAUAUUAGAUCUGCUUAUGCAUCCCACAGUGGGACCUACAGCUGUAAGGGCAGAAUGAAAGGUGCACAGCAGUCUUCAACAGAGUGGAGUGAUCCCAUUACAUUGACAGUAUCAAACAAUAAACCUCAGCCUGUCCUCACUGUGUCUCCAUCAUGGCUGAGUCCUGGAGCCUCAGUAACUCUGAGCUGCAGUGUUAAAGAUCCAUCUGCAGGAUGGAGGUUCUACUGGUAUAAGGCUGUUCCCAGACUGUCAGACAUCUCCUACAGCUAUGAUCUGCUACCUGGCAGCACCAAUGGGACUGAACAGGAUUCCUACAUCGUUGAUGGACAGACACACACAGCAGGAUAUGUGUGCAGAGCUGCAAGAGGAGAUCCAGUGUUUUACACUCAUUACAGUGAACUGAAGUUUGUCUGGUCUGGAGAUGUUCAUCUAGCAGCGUCUCUCACAGUGGGUCCUGACAGAUCGCAGCACUUUAACAAAGAGUCUCUGUCACUGAGCUGUGAGGGAAACUCCACUGAGUGGAGAGUGAAGAGGUUUACUGAACCUAGCACUGUGUUUUCCUGUUCUAUCUUUGGGAAAAUGAAUGGAUCUACAUGCAACAUAGACCGUUUCUGGUUUAGUGGAGUGUACUGGUGUGAGUCUGAAACAGGACAGAUCAGCAAUGCAGUCAACAUCACUAUACAGUAUGGUGAUAUUAUCCUGGUGAGCCCUGUCCUUCCUGUGGCUGAGGGACAUUCUGUCACUCUUGGCUGCAGGUUGAAGACAGAAAAUGUUCUUUAUAAUGUGGAUUUCUAUAAAAAUGGCAAACUCAUCCAAAAUAAUACAAGAGGGGAGCUGACUAUCUCUGCAGUGUCAAAGUCACAUGAAGGCUUUUAUAAAUGUAAAGGAAACGAGUCACCAGGUCGGAGGAGUCAGACGUCACAACAGAGUUGGAUGUCAGUAAAACCAGCAUCCAGGCCUGAAGAAAUCUCUCCAUUUCCUGUGCUGUUGGUUGUUGGGCUGGUUGGUGGAGUUUUACUGAUUCUUCUCCUGCUGCUGUUUCUGUAUCGCUACAGAAAGUCAAACGAUUCAUGUUUCAGCAGGUCUCCGAGCACCAAUCAGAGCCCUGCAACAAACCACAUGAUCAACCAGGAAGAAACUCAACACAAGGAAUAUGCAUCUGUUCUCCAUGGUGAUGCUUAUCUCUACGAAACAAUCAAAGGCCCUGAAGAACCUAAACAUGAUGAAUCCAAGGAUGUCACAUAUUCUGUGGUCGAGCUUAAAAACAUUGCUAAAAAGGGGAGGAAUAACGAGCCAAAAGAGAGCACUGUUUACUCGACUGUGAAGAUGGCAUCAGCUGCAGACGACCUGUUAUAUGCCCAGGUACACUCCCACACUCAAGCCAAGAAAGAUACAGGUCCUGCAGCAGCAGAUGAAACUGUUUAGUCUGAAGUCAAACCAGGAACAGCUCUUGGUCAAUAAAUACAUCCGUCUAGACAAAAUCAACAGAAUGGAUAACAACUUGAAAACCCACAUCAUUAUUUUAAUAAUAUUUACAGCUGUAUGUAAUCAUUGUGUGCACCUUUGUUUAUUUUGUACAGUCAAUCUAAUAGCAGUUAAUUUACAGUAAAUACAUCAUAUGUCUUUUAAUCUUCUUUUAAAUGUUUGGUUGAUUGCUGUAUGCUUAAAUAAACUUUUGCUUCAACA